UGUGAUUUGGGCUUUGUGGUGCAUCCAGACGGAGCUCAACAGUUGCAACUAACAACGUCCACGUCAUUUUGAAGAUUCGAGCAGUUCAUUCGAGCGUCUAUUUUCGUCAUCGGUAACCACUUUUCGUUGCUGCAUUCUCGCUCUCCUCAAAUAAUAUCAGUUGGCAAUUUGGCUGUCAGCUUGUCGAUUCACGCAUCCACUCUCACCGUUGGAUCCGAACCCCUCCCCCUCACUCUUCCUCCUAAGCUCUCUCAGCAACACCACGAGAAGACAGGGUUCUUCGCAGCAUCCAACCCUCAAAACCAAACGGCACAUCUUUCUAAACAUUCAUUCGUAACCCAGUUUCACUUCAACCGCGCACCAUGGCCACCGAGACAAUCCAGCUAUCAGUCCCCCUCCCAAUGUCACUUGACACACGCAUCUACUUGCGUCUGUCCACCAAGGCCAAGGCAAUCAUGUUAUUCCUGGCAACAGCGACACUAGAUGAGCUUGCCACCCCCACAUCUAUGGGGUCAUUCGUCUACGCCUUGCCCAACAGGCUCAACGUGGGGCAGCCGCUGUCCACCACGCUCUACUCAACUGAAGCUUCAGUCGAGUUCACAACGCGCCUGGCCAAGCUUCUGGCACGAAAGACCCAGCUACCUGUGUAUGUGAGCAACUCGAUGAGCUUCGCGAAUGCCGGUAUGGGUGGUACUGUGGAGGAAGAGAUGGAGGCUUUCAAGACCAUUGUCAACGUGACACUCGGAAAACUGCAGCAGGGGGGCAUCGGCCCUGGAGCGGUCAACGAAGUAGCUCCCACCGUGUAGUCGCCUCGCAGACUCAGGUCGGGUUAUCGUUUGCAAACGCACACAGUGCCCCUCGUUCCCCUAUCGAUAAUCCCCUCUGCUUGGAGCCGUGGCUGGUAAGCCUCGGCGUAGCAGGAGUAGUCGGUCCUUCCCCGGGUUGUUGCAGGAUAGGCAACGAUAAAUGUCUAAAGCCGCUACGCCUAAGGAUGAAUGCACCAAGUACCCGUCUUAGGCCUCAAACACGAAGAGACUGACAACGAUGGGAGGGCUGGAGCUGUCAAGAUGACACGGGAUU